GUCUCUUCGACCAGAUCCCCUUCGCGCUCUUCAAUUUCUCGACAUUCAGCUUCACUCGGUACAAUGCAGGAUCCCAGCCAAGGAAUCCAGCGCGAGCUGCAACCUCAUGUGCAUUUACUUUCAACGUACAGAUUUCCUACACUUCAGCAACUUCAUCCAGACAAGGUAGCAGAAUGGCUACUCAGCGCUCCCAAAAUUACUCGCGAUCAAAAUCCUUUCUUCUGGACAUAUCUCGACCGCCCCGUUGACAAUUCAAUCCUGCUCGUUUGGCAAUCUCUCUCACUAGGCUCUGACUUCCCCAGCGAUGGAUAUGUUUGGCCUCCCCAGGAGACAGCGUUCCAGGUAGAGGUCUCUGGCGGCUAUACCCUCGAGAUGUACCAACACAAGACCGGCUAUGCUCCCGGAGAACAAUUCGCAUCUCAUGCCCGUCGUCGAUAUCGUCUUCUCCCUUCCAAGUUCCCAAAUGCCCAACCUGCACCUGAUCCAGCUCUUUGGAUCGUGCACUAUACACAAUCCGAACCCCAUGAACGAGUUCCUUCCAGCGUCAUACCCAUCGACAUGCGCAUCCAGCAUACAAUGAAUACGCGACAAUACCUACACUCACAAGGCCAAAUCGUCCAGAAAGACUUUAUGCUUCACGAUCGUGCCAAUUGGCCUCAAAUCUCCUUCCCCAAAGGUCCUCCUCGAGGGCCUCCUAUGUACGGCGCAAACGUUCCACAAGCACGAGUUCCCCAAGCCAUGGCCUACCCGACCCAGCAUGCAGCAGCUGGUCCUCCUGCGAAGCGAGCCCGAACUUCUGCAAAUGUGAAUCCAGCAGCUGCUGGCGGCGCUGUUGCUGUUCUCGACAUUGAUGAUGAAGAAGAUACUUCCCGUGGAGAUCUCUUCGACCACACAACGCCUCGCGAAAUCAGCAUGAGCAGGUACAAGCAGAAUCACGAAUGGAUGGAAGAGAUCUUAUCUUCGCCAUACUCUAUCAAUCAAAUCAUUCCUGCAGAUCUCGGCCUUGGUGUGCGUGGUGAACUUGCAAGUCUCACGGCCGGAAUCUUCGAUGCCCCUUUCGAUCCCGAGAAAGAUGUCGCAAAAUAUGCCUAUGUUGGUCGCUUAGAUUCUGAUAAGGCAGAGGAGUUCCGGAAGAGAGCUCACGAUCGCAUUGCGCAGACCAACAGGGAGAUCGAAAAGCUAAAGGCAAAGCAUGCGAGAAGAUUGGCGAAAUUUCAAAAGGGCUCGCUCACCACCCUUUCUGAGAAGCAAUUGCGCACGGCAGUCGAUGAUCCUACUGAUACUGGGCCAGAAUAUUGGCGCCUCGAAGGCAGAGUUGACGAAGAGGAAAAUGAAGACGGCAAAGUCGUUAGUCGAGUUCUGCCAAAGGUUGAUGACAUUGUCGCUCAAGUCGAAGCAUCUGUGGGUCGUCACGCGGCAGCAGUCAAGGAACUUAUCCGCAUUCAAGAUGGUGGUUACGAAGAAGCCCAAGCUAUCCCAUCUCCUCAACCUGCUCCCGCGGAGCCAACUCCUCAGAUCACGCCUCCUGGUUCACAUAAUGGAUCUACGCACAGUGGGGUCCUGGUUAGCGAUGCAGAUAUGGAUAUGAGCAACUCGGCAGCUGGUAUGCUCGAUCAAUAUCACACUGGUCUUUCUUCAAAUGCCACUCCAGGAAGCAGUUUCCCUACACCUCAGCCCCACCUCCAGCAAUCAUCUGUCAACACACCAAACUUGAAUAUCCCAUCUCCACAACCUGUGGCCCCGCCAAAUACCCAACAGCCAUCUCAAGGCGACGUCAACAUGUCCGAUGGACCCUCCAAUGAUCAAGCGCCGUCUAACGACCAACCAGGCGACGACUGGGUCGUCGUCCCUCCUAGUGGCAUCUCACCCACCGCUUCCACACAACCCCACCCUCCUACCACUUCGCCAAACCAAGCUCAAAUCAAUCAACCAGCACCUACCACCUCAGCACCCAUUUCCAACCCCUCUCCCUUCCCCAUCACAGCCGGCACCUCAGCAGCCAACACCCCCGGGCUCCCGGACUUCCAUACCUCGCCGAACGAUUUCGCGGAUCUCGGGGACCUGGAUACAGCAGGUGACGCGCUGGCUAGCUAUGAGGGCCUUGGUGAUGGGGAGAUGGGCGAUCUGGGAGAUCUGGGCGAGAUGGGCAUGGAUAUUGGAGGUGAGAUGGAUGAUAGUGCGUUUGGGGAUGCGUUUCAUGGGGUUGAGCAGCAUCAGCACGGUGUGGAGGAGGAAGGAGAUGGGAUGGGGGAUGGGUUGUAGUGUGAGCUUGUGAUGUUAGGAUUCAGGGACUGCUGAUGAGGAGUUGGAGUGCGAGAGUGAAAAGUUUAUCGGCGAGAGAUGAGGGAGGGAGAGCUGUAUACAUUAGAUUCGGACUUUAUCGUGAGAGAAAUUUGGGAGCGCCUUAAUCAAUGGAUGAUUCUGUAUCUACUUUCCAUUCUAUUCUGGUUUAAUCUUGUUUGCUGUGACUUGAAGUCAGGCCCUGGAUUCGCUGGCCUGAAGUUCCAGCAUCAGAGCCUUGCGACAAGUGGUCGUCUCCUUUCUUCCUCCUCUCCUCCCUGCGCAUAAAAUUAUGCAAUAUAAUAGUGGCAAGCCCAUUAUACAUAAUAUAAUUAUGUAAAAAAAAAU